CAGACGACUUGCCCAUCGACAUUGUUCCAACCCUGUGCGCCAAGCUUUGCGGUUUCGAACUCUGAUCCUCCUCUGCCACCGGUAAAGCUCAUCCCCCGUGGCCUACUCUUUACGGAGACUGAAGAUUUCGUCAUCUUCGACUCCGUAACUCCAACGCGAGAGAGAGAGAGAGAGAGAGCGCGAGGGAUAAAGAAAACGUAGCCUAACAGGUGUUUGUUUACGCGUCCCUAGGAUUGAUUAAGAGUUGAUUUUGAUUGAUAUGGCAUCUAGACGCAAUGUUCAUUACAGCCCUCUUCCUGCUGAUGAAGAUGAUUAUGAUGGUAUUGCAAGAAGACAAUAUGACGCUCGGUUUGACUAUACACCCAAAUCCUUUGACAAAAUCCCAUGGAAGUCCAUUGUCCUUGCACUUUUCCUCCUGUCUCUCGGAUUAUUGCUUCUUUUUCUUUCAUAUUUCAUCUUCACUGGUCACAUGGGAGGAGAGCGAUCCCAAGCGUACGGCCUUUUGGCACUAGGAGUUCUCUCCUUCCUCCCAGGCUUUUACGAGACCCGAGUCGCAUAUUAUGCAUGGAGGGGUAUCAAUGGAUACCGUUUCGCUUCCAUUCCUGAUUAUUAGUGCACGUAUCUUUGUAAUGUUCCUUAUGGGGGUGUAUGAAUGCCAUUUUGAGUAGUGACAAAAACAGAAACCUGUUGUAUAGAACGACAUGCAUAUGUAAUUUGAUUUUGAUUUUCAACAUGCUUAUUCUUCAAA